CGUCAUUAUAUACUAUUCUUUGAAGGUACUUGAAGGGGGAAAAAAGAAAAAGAAGAAGAAGAAAAUAAAGUCCAUGAAGACAAACGCCGAUUUCUUCUACUUCUUUCUUUUUUCAUUUUCUUUUUCUUUUUUUUUUCCCUCUCUUCACAGUAACCCCAACCCCCCCCCAUCCCAACUUUUGCCUCCACAAUCGCUCCCCGUUGUUCUCUUUUCCUUCCUAUCAGCUUUCAGAAUGACUAGUUAUGAGGUGAACCGAUCCUUGAUCCCGCAUAACAAUGAGCCAUGGACCAUGACGGGAUAUGGGUGACCCAUCCCGAACAACGUCUGGAGCUUCGACAAUCACGGUACGCAGUAUCACCAAUGCCUUGUUCUUAUUUCCCCACCACCUCCAGUCUAUUUGGUCUUAGGGCUGGCCGUGGCUUAAGUUUCUCUCUUACUAUUCUUCCACGCCCCCGUCCCCGAACACAGCAGAGCAACAAAUCUGAAGAAGUGUAUAUGCACACGGGCCAGUGGUUUUUGUUUCCAUUUACCUUUUCUUCUAUUCCCUUUUUCUUUUCCUUUUUUUUUUUUUUUUUUUUUUUUUUUUACGGUUUUACCUCCUACCUCCCCUACCAUCAAUUAUUAUCAACAUGAUUUUGUCGUGCGCUGUUGAUAAUAAUGAUGUUGAUGGCAAUCUUG